CACUGGGGAAGAAGCGCGAGCAGAAAUCGGGAUCGCAAAAGUGAUUGAGAGGAGAUAUUGCGGCGCGCUCAUCCGCCUGAGCAUGGCGGCGCACAAGCCAGUGGAAUGGGUCCAGGCCAUAAUUAAUAGAUUCGACGAACAGCUCCCUAUUAAAACAGGACAACAGAGCACCCACACCAAAGUGAGCACAGAACACAACAAAGAAUGUCUGAUUAACAUCUCCAAGUACAAAUUUGCCCUCGUCAUCAAUGGCCUGACCAACGUACUUAAAAAUGUGAAUAAUAUGAGAAUCUUCGGCGAUGCUGCCGAGAAGAACCUCUACCUCUCCCAGUUGAUUAUUCUGGACACACUGGAGAAGUGUCUGGCAGGGCAACCCAAGGACUGUCUGAGGCUGGAUGAGGCCAUGUUGGUAAAGCAGUUGCUGCCUGAGAUCUGUCACUUCCUGCACUCAUACCGCGAGGGCCAGCAGCACGCAGCUCAGCUACGCAGCUCGGCCUCCGCUGUGCUUUUCUCCCUCAGUUGCAACAACUUCAACGCUGUCUUCAGCCGUAUUUCCACCAGAUUGCAGGAACUCACAGUCUGUACAGAGGACACAGUGGAUGUCCACGACAUUGAACUCAUACAGUAUAUCAAUGUAGACUGCUCUAAAUUAAAGAGACUGUUACAAGAAACAGUACUCAAAUUCAGAUCUUUGAAAAAGCCUGCACAGCUUGCAGUAAUCAGCAGUUUGGAAAAGGCCUUCUGGAACUGGGUGGAACACUACCCUGAUGAGUUCACCAUGCUCUAUCAGAGACCCCAGGCAGACAUGGCCGACUGUGCAGAAAAGCUGUUUGACCUGGUGGACAGCUUCGCAGAAAGUGCGAAGAGGAAGGCUGCUGUGUGGCCGCUACAGAUCAUCCUACUCAUCCUCUGUCCAGAGAUCACUCAGAGCAUCACCAAAGAAGUGGGGGGAGAGGAGAAAGCCAACAAGAAGUCCUUUGUGGACAGUCUGCGGAAGGCUCUGGGACAGCACAGCGGCAGCAGACAGUUGACCGAAAGCGCAGCCUUUGCUUGCGUGAAACUGUGCAAAGCCUGCACUUAUAUCAAUUGGGAGGACAAUUCAGUCAUCUUUCUCCUAGUUCAGUCCAUCGUCAUGGACCUUAAGGGUCUCCUGUUUAACCCAACUAAGCCGUUCUCGAGGGGUGCGGGCUGUCAGAGUGCCGAUGUGGAUCUGAUGAUCGACUGCUUUGUGUCGUGUUAUCGUAUUAAUCCUCGUAACAACCAGCACUUCAAGGUAUGUUUAGCCUCAACAUCUCCUCCUACCUUCCAUUUCGUUCUGGUGAACUCCCUGCACAAAAUUAUCACUAAUUCUGACUUGGACUGGUGGCCGAAAAUUGACGCCAUCUACUGUUACUCAGGAGAACUGCGCACCAUGUUUUCUGACACACUCGGCAGAGUGAUUCAGAGUCUCAGUGCACAUCCACCUUUGAGGAUGACAUCAAGCCUGACUUUCAAGGAGAAAAUGACGACCAGUUUAAAGUUCAAAGAGAAGUCUACAGACCUUGACUCACGUUGUCUGUUGCUGGCACUGGUGAAACUCAUUCACGCCGACCCCAAACUAAUGCUGCAUAAUCCAGGGAAACCGGGUCAGGAAAUCCAGAACAGCACAGCUGAGCUCAUCAAAGGUCUGGUUCAGCUGGUUCCUCUCACACACAGCACAGAACUCUCACAGGAAGCCAUGGAGGCGCUUUUGGUGCUACAUCAACCAGAAACCAUUGAGCAGUGGAAUCCUGAUGCAGCUAUCGAGACAUUCUGGGACAUCAGCUCUCAGGUGUUAUUCCUGAUCUGCAAGAAACUGAUUGGCCAUCCAAUGAUCAACAGUACAGAGAUACUGAAGUGGCUCAGGGAGAUUCUCAUAUGCAGGAACAAGUUCCUACUAAAGAACAAGGAGUUUGCUACACAGGGCAGUCUCAUCCCCAUCAGUAGACAGGCACAGACUAAACUGGAGGUAUGUUUGUACACCUUCCUGUGGAGUCCUGACGCUGAGGCUGUGCUGGUGGCCAUGUCCUGCUUUCGCCAUCUUUGUGAGGAGGCAGACAUCCGCUGCAGUGUGGAUGAACUGCCCAUGCACACUGUUCUGCCCAACUACAACACCUUCAUUGAGCUUGCGUCUGUCAGCAAUAUGAUGGCUACAGGCAGAAAUACCCUUCAGAAGAGAGUGAUGGCCCUGUUAAGGAGGAUAAAACACUCUACAGCUGGAAACGUAGAGGCAUGGGAAGACACGUAUGCAAAAUGGGAGCAAGCCACUAAACAGAUUCUCAACCACCCAAAAAACAAGGUUGAAGAUGGACAGGAAUGGAUCAACAUGACUGGUUUCUUGUGUGCUCUGGGAGGAGUUUGUCUCCAACAGCGCAGUACACCCAGCCUGGGCACCUACAGUCCACCCAUGGGCCCUCUGACCGAACGCAAGGGCUCCAUGAUCUCCAUGGGGUCCUGUGAUGUGAACAGUGAGACAUCUCUCAACAGGUUUAUAGAGCGUCUACUGGCUCUGAUGGUCUGUACGCAUGAGAAGGUGGGCGUACAGAUUCGCACCAACAUCAAAGACCUAGUGGGAUUGGAGCUCAGUCCAGCUCUGUACCCCAUGCUCUUCACCAAGCUACGCAAUAGCAUCGGACGAUUUUUUGAUACCCAGGGCUUGGUUCCCAUUACAGACACUAACACGCUGUUUGUAGAGCAGACAAUCGCCAUUAUGAAGAACCUGCUAGACAGUCAUACUGAAGGAAGCUCUGAGCAUCUUGGCCAGGCUAGCAUUGAGACCAUGAUGCUCAACUUGGUCAGGUAUGUGCGUAUUUUAGGAAAUGCGGUUCAUGCCAUUCAGAUCAAAACUAAGCUGUGUCAGCUAGUGGAGGUUAUGAUGGAACGCAGGGAUGACCUCUCCUUCUGCCAAGAGAUGAAGUUCAGAAAUAAAAUGGUGGAGUACCUCACUGACUGGGUGAUGGGCACCUCCAAUCAAGCAGCAGAUGAUGACAUUAAAUGUCUCACCCGGGAUUUGGAUCAGGCGAGUAUGGAGGCAGUGGUCUCUUUGUUAGCUGGUCUUCCUCUGCAGCCUGAGGAGGGUGAUGGUGUGGAGCUAAUGGAGGCCAAGUCUCAGCUCUUCCUCAAGUACUUCACGUUGUUCAUGAACCUCUUGAAUGACUGCAGUGAGGUUGAAGAGGAUGGGCAGCAGGUGGCAGGGAGAAAGCGUGGCAUGUCAAGGCGAUUGGCAUCUCUACGGCACUGUACAGUGUUGGCCAUGUCCAACCUGCUCAAUGCUAAUGUGGACAGCGGCCUCAUGCACUCUAUUGGUCUUGGGUAUCAUAAGGACCUGCAAACGCGGGCCACAUUCAUGGAGGUGCUCACUAAGAUCCUUCAACAGGGAACGGAGUUCGACACUUUAGCAGAGACCGUGCUGGCUGACCGCUUUGAAAGACUAGUUGAGCUGGUCACUAUGAUGGGAGACAAGGGGGAGCUGCCCAUCGCCAUGGCACUCGCCAAUGUAGUGCCCUGCUCUCAAUGGGAUGAGCUGGCCAGGGUGUUGGUGACACUGUUUGACUCACGACACCUGCUGUAUCAACUGCUGUGGAACAUGUUCUCAAAAGAGGUGGAGCUGGCUGACUCCAUGCAGACCCUCUUCAGAGGCAACAGCCUGGCCAGCAAGAUCAUGACAUUUUGUUUUAAGGUAUAUGGUGCUGCUUAUCUUCUGAAGCUUCUGGAACCGCUCUUGAGAGGAAUAAUCACCACACCAGAAUGGCAGCAAAUUAGUUUUGAAGUGGACCCCACCAGGCUAGAACUAGCAGAGAACCUGGAGGAGAACCAAAAGAACCUGUUGCAGAUCACAGACCGCUUCUUUCUGGCCAUCGUCAACUCUUCCAGCGAGUUUCCUCCUCAGCUGCGCAGCGUGUGCCACUGUCUGUAUCAGGCUACUUGCCACUCCCUUCUGAAUAAAGCCACUGUAAAAGACAAAAAGGAAAACAAAAAAUCCGUGGUCAGCCAGCGGUUUCCUCAGAACAGUAUUGGUGCUGUAGGAAGUGCCAUGUUCUUGCGCUUCAUUAACCCUUCUAUAGUUUCACCAUAUGAGGCAGGCAUACUGGACAAGAAGCCUGCGCCUCGGAUUGAGCGUGGCCUCAAACUCAUGUCGAAGAUUCUCCAGAGCAUUGCUAAUCAUGUCUUAUUCACAAAAGAGGAGCACAUGCGUCCCUUUAAUGAUUUUGUAAAAAGCAACUUUGAUGCAGCCAGAAGGUUCUUCCUGGAUAUUGCAUCUGACUCUCCUCCGAGUGACUCUGUUAACCACAGCCUGUCAUUCAUAAGUGACGGCAAUGUGCUUGCUCUUCACCGCCUGUUAUGGAACAACCAGGAGAGAAUCGGCCAGUACCUGUCCAGUAACAGGGACCACAAGGCAGUGGGUCGUAGACCAUUUGACAAGAUGGCUACCCUCCUGGCGUAUCUGGGCCCUCCUGAACAUAAACCAGUGGCUGAUACUCACUGGUCCAGCCUUAACCUCACCAGCUCAAAGUUUGAGGAGUUUAUGACAAGGCAUCAAGUCCAUGAAAAAGAAGAAUUCAAAGCAUUAAAGACGCUCAACAUUUUUUACCAAGCUGGCACAUCUAAGAACGGCAAUCCUGUUUUUUAUUACAUUGCCCGCAGGUUCAAAACCGGACAAAUCAAUGGCGAUCUUCUAAUCUACCAUGUGUUGCUGACUCUCAAGCCUUACUAUGCCAAGCAAUACGAGAUUGUAGUAGACCUCACCCAUGUGGGCCCCAGUAACCGCUUCAAGACAGACUUCUUGUCCAAGUGGUUUGUGGUCUUUCCCAACUUCGCCUAUGAGAACGUGGCUGCCGUCUAUAUCUACAAUUGCAACACCUGGGUGCGAGAGUACACAAAAUACCAUGAGCGACUUCUGACUGGUCUUAAGGGGAGCAAGAAGCUGCUGUUUAUAGACUCGCCAGCACGUCUAGCUGAACACAUAGAACCCGAACAGCAGAAGCUUCCCGCUGCUACCCUGGCACUGGAGGAGGACUUAAAAGUGUUCCACAAUGCCCUAAAGCUGGCACACAAAGAUACAAAGGUGUCGAUCAAGGUGGGCUCAACAGCCGUACAGGUGACCUCAGCCGAACGGACACGUGUCCUGGGACAACCUGUUUUCCUGAAUGACAUAUACUAUGCUUCAGAGAUCGAAGAGAUAUGCCUGGUGGAUGAGAACCAGUUCACUCUGACCAUUGCUAACCAGGGCACCCCUCUCACAUUCAUGCAUCAGGAGUGUGAAGCCAUCGUCCAGUCCAUUAUCCAUAUCCGCACACGUUGGGAGCUCUCCCAACCAGACUCCAUCCCUCAGCACACCAAGAUCAGGCCUAAAGAUGUUCCAGGCACCUUGCUUAACAUCGCCCUACUAAACCUGGGAAGCUCAGACCCAAGUUUGAGGUCAGCUGCGUACAAUCUCCUCUGUGCCUUAACCUGCACCUUUAACCUGAAGAUUGAAGGUCAGCUCCUGGAAACAUCUGGCUUGUGCAUCCCAGCCAACAACACCCUUUUUAUAGUGUCCAUUAGCAAAACACUAGCAGCCAAUGAACCCCAUCUCACUCUAGAGUUUCUGGAAGAGUGCAUCUCUGGCUUCAGCAAAUCAAGUAUCGAGCUAAAGCACCUGUGUUUGGAGUAUAUGACUCCUUGGCUGCGUAAUUUAGUGCGCUUCUGUAAACACAAUGAUGAUGCUAAACGACAGCGUGUCACGGCUAUCCUGGACAAGCUCAUCACUAUGACCAUCAAUGAGAAACAGAUGUACCCCUCCAUACAGGCAAAGAUAUGGGGCAGCUUGGGACAGAUAACAGACUUGCUUGACGUGGUGUUGGAUAGCUUCAUAAAGACCAGUGCUACUGGGGGUUUGGGAUCCAUCAAGGCUGAAGUGAUGGCUGACACAGCUGUAGCUCUGGCUUCAGGAAAUGUCAAGCUGGUGUCCAGCAAGGUGAUUGGCCGAAUGUGUAAGAUCAUUGAUAAGACGUGCCUGUCUCCAACCCCCACCCUGGAGCAGCACCUGAUGUGGGACGACAUCGCCAUCCUGGCCCGUUAUAUGCUCAUGCUCUCCUUCAACAACUCCCUAGAUGUUGCUGCUCAUCUGCCCUACUUGUUCCACGUUGUCACCCUGCUGGUGGCCACUGGCCCGUUGUCCCUCAGAGCAUCAACACAUGGCCUAGUUAUUAACAUAAUCCACUCACUCUGUACCUGCUCACAACUCAACUUCAGUGAGGAAACUAAACAGGUGCUGCGACUGAGCCUCACUGAAUUCUCUCUGCCCAAAUUCUACCUGCUGUUUGGCAUCAGUAAGGUGAAGUCUGCAGCAGUCAUUGCCUUCCGCUCUAGCUACAGAGACCGGUCAUUCUCUCCCGGCUCCUACGAAAGAGAGACCUUUGCCCUGUCCUCCCUGGAAACAGUAACGGAGGCCCUACUGGAGAUCAUGGAGGCUUGUAUGAGGGACAUUCCUGGAUGCAAAUGGCUGGAUCAGUGGACGGAAUUAGCUCAAAAGUUUGCCUUCCAGUACAAUCCAUCUCUUCAGCCACGGGCUCUAGUUGUGUUCGGCUGCAUCAGUAAACGUGUGACUCAUGGACAGCUCAAACAGAUUAUUCGUAUUCUCAGCAAAGCCAGUCCUCUGCUCAGCAUUGACCGGGGGCUGGAGAGCUGCUUAAAGGGGCCAGAUAAUUACAACAGCCAAGUUCUCAUUGAGGCCACUGUCAUCGCACUUACCAAACUACAGCCUCUGCUUGAUCAGGAUUCCCCCAUGCAUAAAGCUCUGUUCUGGGUGGCCGUGGCUGUGCUUCAGUUGGAUGAAGUGAAUCUGUACUCUGCCGGUACUGCCCUACUGGAGCAGAACCUGCACACGCUGGACAGCCUCCGGGUGUUUUAUGAUAAGAGUCCUGAGGAGGUUUUCAUGGAGAUACGUAAGCCUCUGGAAUGGCACUGUAAACAAAUGGAUCACUUUGUGGGACUCAACUUUUCCUCCAACUUCAACUUUGCAUUAGUGGGGCACUUGCUCAAAGGAUACAGACAUCCCUCUUCCACCACGGUGGCCAGAACUGUUCGCAUCCUUCAUAUGCUUCUGGGUUUGGUGGGGAAACACCGCAGUUGUGACAAGUUUGAGGUGAACACACAAAGUGUGGCCUAUCUUGCAGCUUUGCUCACAGUAUCUGAGGAAGUCAGGAGCCGCUGUAGUCUAAAGCACAGGAAGUCAUUAUUGCUUUUGGAUGUUACCAUGGAGAACUUCCCUAUGGACUCCUACUCCGUAUACGACACAGAGGAUGAAUGCAGGUCCUGGGCUUCUCCUAAAGUGUCAGAGCACACGCUUGCACCACCAUACUCUGCCAUGGGUCAGACCAGCCUUCGCCCACGCAAGUCCAUGAGUGUGGACAUGGGCCAACCGUCACAGGCUAACACAAAGAAAUUAUUGGGCACCAGAAAGAGUUUUGAUCAUCUAAUAUCUGACUCAAAAGCCCCAAAGAGGCCGGAUAUGGAAUCAGGAAUCACUACUCCUCCAAAGAUGAGGCGGGUUUCUGAAAAUGACUAUGAGAUCGAAACCCAACGAAUAGCCAACUCACACUUACGCAAAGUGUCCGUGUCUGAAUCAAAUGUUCUUCUGGAUGAGCAAGUUCUCACAGACCCAAAGAUCCAGACUCUGCUCCUCACUGUGCUGGCGACGCUGGUGAAAUAUACUACUGAUGAGUUUCAUCAGCGAAUCCUGUACGAGUAUUUGGCUGAGGCCAGUGUGGUCUUCCCCAAGGUCUUUCCUGUAGUUCAUAACCUGCUGGACUCCAAGAUCAGUACUGUCCUCUCCAUGUGCCAGGACCCCAACCUCCUGAACCCCAUUCACGGCAUCAUUCAGAAUGUUGUGUAUCACGAGGAGUCUCCUCCACAGUACCAGCCAUCCUGCUUACAGAGCUUCGGUUUCAAUGGACUCUGGAGGUUUGCCGGGCCCUUCUCUAAGCAAGCCCAAAUUCCAGACUAUGCUGAACUCGUUGUCAAGUUCCUGGAUGCUUUGAUUGACACCUACCUUCCAGGGAUAGAGGAAGAAGGGGGGGAGGAGUCACUGCGCACGCCCACCUCUCCAUAUCCUCCCACCGUCCAGAGCCAGCUCAGCAUCACAGCCAAUCUCAACCUGUCCAACUCCAUGACAUCACUCGCCACUUCACAGCACUCACCAGAGGGCCCUAUAGUUUAUAGACGGUCCCCAACUCUCUCCCAUCCACGAACCACAGAGGAGGUGCCACCGAAAACAGCUGCCUGUCUGCCUUGCUCUAAGUCAGCUGUAUUCCCACCCCACCUCGUCAUUCCAGGCAUUGACAAGGAGAAUGUCGAGAUUUCUUCCACCUCUAGUCUCUCCACCAGCGGGCGAGCACGGCAUGGAUCAGCCAGCCAGGUACAGAAACAGCGCAGUGCAGGCAGCUUCAAACGGCCAAGCAUCAAAAAGAUCGUCUGAGAAGAUUUGAGGCGUUUGUACUCGCUCUGUGGCCAUUGUACUUCUCCACUAAUCGUUUUUGUUUUCUGGUGUCCAGUUUAAAAAGGUUACUGCAUCAAAGAACUGCUUGAGUUAUGUUUUUGUUUAAAGAAAACAAUGAAGAUGCCAAUUUAAUUGAAGCUAGCCUGAAUACACAAUGACGGUUUGAGUUUUUUCAGAGAUUGCACUGAAACUCUCUUCAUUGCUCUCAACAUCGUCAUGAUUACAAAAGAUUUGAUGCACGUGCACAUCUCUGCCCAACGCAAAGUCUCAAACCAUUUGUAAAGUGCACCAGGAGGCGUCCACUCUUCAUCUUGCAACUUGCACAAACUUAGAAUAUGUCCUCAUGUUUGAAGGAAACGCAUGAAUGAGAAACAGAUUUAUUCAACCACUACAGCAAACGGAUGACUAAUACUAACUGUGUGGAGACUUUCAGCCUCAUCGUUCUGCACUUUUCCAUUUAGUCCUGGAUCUACUCUUGAGAUGGACUCGCAGCCUGUCCAUUGACAACCUUAUAUCCACAGGCUUGAAUUCUGGAUUGUGAUCCAAAUUUGUUGCGAUCCCAACCAGGUGUAUACAUGAAAAGAGAAUAUGUGUACUAUACUAUUGAUGAUAAUAACGAUCACAUAUUUUGGGUUCUUAUUUUAUCCAUUGUGUGCCUUUGUCAGGGUUUUCAGCUGUGUAUAGUUUGUAAAAUAAGCAAGACCUUGCUAAGGAAGGGAAAAACAGGUACUAAUUAUUAAAAAAACAUGUUGCGGCUUUAACAUAUUCCAUAUGUCCAAAUGUUGCUACAGUGUAAACUGUACCAUGUGACCAUCAAAUACAACUAUCAUAUUGCAGCAUUUAAAUAUUUAUUCUGGAAAUGUAGAUUAUCCUUUGAAAGGUCACAUGCAGUUAUUGCUCUGCCUUUGUUAUUAUAAUCAUCAAAAGUUGUUGAAACAAGAUUAUAGACGAGCAAACGAUGAGUCUGUGUAGUAUUCUGUCCUGUUUUCAUUAUGGAAAUGAUGCUUUGUUUACAAUUGGAUGAUGUAAUGGGGAUGAGAGAGUGCCAAUUGCUGACAUUUCCAAAAUGCAUCAAUCAAAAACAACAAAUUAGCAUUUAAAUGAACAUGUUUUAGCGUCUCACAGUGGUGCAAUAUGUUUUGUUUUGUUGAACACUAUAUGUGUGUAAAAAUUGCACAUCAUUAAAGUCUGUUGACACUUUUGCCUUCCGCUGUAUCCGUCUCACUAAAGUCUCAGAUAAGCAGUGACACAAGAGUCCAAAUCCCAGUAGUAACAUUGCACCAAAGACUAGUCUGCAAUAUUGCAAGGGGAAACUGUUGUAAACUUGUAUAUUUUUAUGUCUAUCUUGUAUGUCGUAUGCCUUUAAAUAAUAAUUUCUUCCAUACAGUUAUCACAUAGCUUUGUAACAAAGGAUUAAAUAUUUAACUUUCACCCAGAAACCAAUCUGUUCUUGUAAAUGAGAGGUGAGGUAUACCUUCAGUGCGAAAUUAAACAAAAAUGUGCCAUUUCAGUUUAAGAUGCCAUUAACAGCUUCACGGUGUACUAGAUGCACAAUGGCCGUGACAAUGUAAGUGGGAUUUUUGUGUGCAAUAUUUGUUUUCUGCAUUGGUUGUCUUUACUUGACCAGCUAAUCUUGUCAAAACUAAAAGGAAGAUAUGGUAGUGUACCUUGUAAACAAAUGGAUUCAUGUUUCUCGGUUUUUAUUUAAAUUUAAUUUAGCUUUGUUUGUUUUUUGAGAGGAAGUAUUGUAAAUGUUGUUUUUUUUUGCUCCAUGUAAAGAUGUGGAUAAAUAAAAAAGUGUACCGACCAAACGUAUGAGAACAGACUAUUUAUGGGUACGUUUUAGUUGCAUAUUUCCGAAAGAUUGGUGCAUUCAGAUCUGUGAGUACCAGAAGUAUCAGGAUUGGGACCAAAUCAGUGACUUUUCUGUUUCAUUUGUGGAUUUAUCUUACAUUUUUGUAUUACAAUCUUACUAUCUUGUAGAUCCAAAAAUAAGUUUGUACUGAUUUAUGUAUGGUCAUAUUAGGGCACUAAAUAUUACAGUGAAUUAUAAUCCCAACAGGAGAUUUCAGAUCGCUGUGUGUUUUGUUACGAUCAAACACAAAUUUGGAAUGGUAUUGAAAUGUUUAUUUCUGCUUUACAUGUUGUAAUGGUGACUUUAACACCAAUCCAUGUCAAACCCACAGGUGUGUUUUCAAUACAGAUUGAAAAUAUGAAGGAAAAUCAAUGACCAGUGUGUGUGUGUGUGUGUGUGUGUGUGUGUGUGUGUGUGUGUGUGUGUGUGUGUGUGUGUGUGUCUUUCUGUCUGUCUGUCGGUGUGUGUGUCCAUUACUCUGAAAAAUUUAAAUAGUUCUCCUCUCUCUAUAGAUGUUACAUUGCUAAUACCAAUCUAAAACUGACCAAUCAGAUGUGUCCUUGGGAUGUCUGAUAUUUCAAUACUUUAAGAUGAUAAUGAAGGCACAAUCCUGGCUGCUGUGGCAGCAGUUAGAUCCUUUUCAAUUGCAUAUGUAAAAUGAUAUUGUCUCAUGUAUUCAUCCUAAACAGACUUGUUUGUUUGUCUAAUGCAUUUGCCACAUUUUUAAUUGCAUUGGUCACCUGUAAAUAUGUUUGUGUAAAAUUGGAAGGUAUAUAAAUAAGUGUAAAUAUAAGUGAUAUUGUAUUACUUGCUUUUUUUGUAAAGCGUUUAGUUGCUGUACAUGUAUAACAUGGCAAUUUAAUUAUACCAGUGUUCGUAAUAAAAGUUUCCCUCAACC